UCCUUCCAAGUUUAUUGCAUAUAAUUUUGAACAUACAUCCUAAGAUCAAGAGGAUAAACAUGGCAACAAAAAUUGUCCUUGAAGAUCUAGAUGGAAAUAAUUACGCAGACUGGAGAAUUUGGAUGAAGAACUAUUUGUUGGCUAAUGAUCUAUGGGAUGUUAUUGAAGCAAAUGAGAAACUGGAAGAGGAUGAAGCUGAAUUGAAGGCUUGGACAAGGAAAAAUGCUGCAGCUUUACAUGCAAUUCAUGUUUCAUGUUCGUUGGAGGUAUUUUCUCACAUCAGAGAGAUUGAUUCUGCUAAAUCUUGCUGGGAAACUUUGGCUAUAAUGAAUGAGGUAAAGCCAGCUGUGAAACCUCCAGCAACAGAGGUCGAUGCCUACGUUCAAUUUCAUCCUUUACGGGAGGCUAUAGAGAAAGGAGACUUGAAUUCCGUGAAAACCUUCCUUCAGCUUCACUCAGACACAGUACACAGAAAGGUUUCAGGUUUUGGUGAAACAGCGCUUCAUCUUGCAACAAUGACUGGAAACUUAAAUAUUGUGGAGUUUUUGGUGGAGUUAAUGUCAGUAGAAGACGUACUUGCGGUUGACAAGCGGAAUGAGACUGCUCUUAUUGGCGCUGCUGCUACUGGAGCAACAAAAAUUGCUGAAUGCAUGCUGAGAAAGACCAUGGAUUUAGUUACUAUUGCAGACGAUGAUCUCCCAGUAACAGUGGCAUGUAAUAAUGGCCAUAAGGAAACAACUCAGUAUUUAUAUUCUGUCACUCCUUUUGAUAUACUGCUUCCGGAAAAUGGAACCUUCGGCUCUUCUCUUCUUGUAGUCUCAUUUUUCAGAGAAAUGUUUGAUAUAUCCUUGGAUUUGCUGCAGCGUGGCCCAAGCUUAGCCACGACACGAACACAACUUGGAAACACACCGCUAGACCAAUUUUCUGGUCUGAGUCAUUUGUUCCCGAGCGGCAACCGAUAUGUCUUUUGGAAACGAUGGAUAUAUUCCUGUAUUCCUGUGGAAUUACCUGCUGGCCCUACCCCUGGUGAUGUUCGAAUUGCCAUUCCAGAGAAUGAUGAUCAUGUCAGGCAAGGGAUGGUUGAAAUGCCAAGUCUCAGUUUGAAGUUACUAGAAUUUUUUGGUCUGAAGCAGAUUUAUGAUAGAAAAUUGAGCCAUGCCUAUGCUCGUGAACUUCUGCACUUGAUGGCCAAACACAUAUCAUCUUCUAUUGACGACACUAAAUUUGAAGAAAAUGGAAUAUAUGAUGCAUUCUUUGGAGCUAUUAAAUAUGGAGUAGUUGAAGUUGUAAUUGAGUUGCUUAAAGCCAAUUCCAAUCUGCUAACUGUUGUCGACAAAAAAUCAAGAAACGUACUUAUGAAUGCAGUUCAUUAUCGGCGAGAAAAUGUUUUUAGCAUUAUAUAUGCGCUUGGUACGAGGAAGUACAUUUUGAUUAAUGGAGCCCAUAAAUUUGAAAAUAACAUUUUACAUCUGGCUGCAAAGUUAUCACGUCCUGAUAGACUUGCUGGCAUCUCAGGUGCAGCGUUGCAGAUGCAAAGAGAGCUACAAUGGUAUAAGGAAGUAGAAAGUAUUGUGGAUCCUUUGUCUAAAGAAUACACCAACAUAGAUGGUGACAAUGCUAAUAAGAUAUUUUCUGAAACCCAUCAACAAUUGGUGAUAGAUGGAGAGAAAUGGAUGAAGGAAAAAGCAACAUCUUGCACAGUCGUAGGUGCUCUCAUCAUUACUCUAAUGUUCAGUGCAUCAUUCGCAGUUACCGUUGAAAGCAAUGAUCAAGAAACUGGUGAUCCAAUAUUUUCACAUCAAAUAGAAUUUACAAUAUUUAUAAUAUCUGAUACAAUUUCUCUUUUUGCCUUCUCAACAUCAGUAUUGAUGUUCUUAGGAGUCCUUACAUCGCGCUAUUCAGAAGAUGAUUUUCUCAAAUCUUUGCCUACAAAGUUGAUUAUUGGUCUUUCUGCUCUCUUCCUUUCAAUUUCAACUAUGAUGGUAGCCUUUUGCUCGAUUCUUAUGAUAGUGCUACAAAGAGAAUUAAAACUUGUCCUUCCAAUCACUCUUUUGGCUAGUAUACCUGUUACCCUUUUUAUAUUAUUACAAUUUCCCCUUCUCGUUGAGAUUUUCAUUUCUACAUAUGGACCAGGCGUCUUUAAUAGAAAAAUGAAGUACUGGUAUUGAUCUUUCUGCAUUGAGGAACAAAAAUUGACAUUUACUAUUGAGUUCAAUGAUGCACAAGUGUUGAAGUAUGGUCUUAAGUACAUGUGACGUAUUUUUCUUCAGGAUUUUCGGACAUGGUUGAAGUGCUUGUCUUUAUCAUGUAUCAUUUUUCCAAUGUAUUAAAUAAAUUGGGUUUUCUCAA